GAAAGGUCGUGCAUACCGUCAUGGAUCUGAUGCCCACAGAAAUCCUCUCCAGUAUUUUGCUCUCUUUGAAAGGCUCGGAUCGCUUAAGAGCUUCAUUUACAUGUCGGCGUUGGUUAGCUUUAAUGUCAAGUUCGCUACCGCGGUCCAUUCAGCUAUGUGUUUAUUUGGACCCAACAUCUUGCCAUGCGCACCUUUCUCAUUCUUUGGAUAUGGAAACUACUAUUACUAUCUGCAUUUGUGAGGAACAUGUUAGGACACAUGCAGUCCUUCUGAGCUAUUUGUUCAGUUGCAUAGCAAAUGAUAUUCGCUCUCUUGUUAUUGACGAUGACCUGAUAGUCAGGGAGAAAGUUCCAGAAAAGUUAACCGAUGGUGUAUUUCAUUGUGUUUUAUUAGAAGCACCGACUAAGAUAGAACACUUAAUAAUUCGAGGAGUUGAUCUGUCGUCAGUACGAGCCUGGACUUUUGGACUUUUGGCUAAAUUUGAUGGUUUGAAGGAGUUUUCUCUGAUUGACUGUAAUCUUCCAAGCUCGGAGUCACUGCUGCUUCGCGUUAUGGCGCAUUCUUACGAAACUUUAGUUUCAGUUUCAGUUACUAAUUCUGACCAGAUUACUGAUAAAUUUGGGUCGGUAAUUGCACGACGAUGUCCUCUAAUUGACAAAGUUGACCUUAGCCGCUGCAAGAAUGUUACUGCGUUAACGAUGGUUGCAUUUUGUGAGACAGCUAGUUACAGGACUACAGAAAUGGUUUUCAUUGGUUUAUGUGGCACUAGUUUUGACUACAAAAAGCUGCAGUCUUACCUCGAGUCACCACUCAUGAUUGGCGGGUCAUCUUGGAAAGUAUCAAGCAUGAAACUGCAAAUAGGAUACGAACGAAAUACUGUUUGCCUCGAAAACAAGCUGCAACGAAAUUUAUUAAUUUUAGCUUUUCCGAUUUAUGAUUUGUAACC